AUGGUAGACAGGAAAAAUAGAGAUGCCUCAGAAUUUCGCGAAAUUGCUCUAAACAGAGGCCGAAAUGAUAACGCCAACAUAUUCCCAAACAAUUUCAUCACAACAGCCAAAUAUACUACUAUAACCCUAAUUCCAAAAAAUCUUUUCGAACAAUUUCAUAGAGUAGCAAACAUAUGGUUUUUAAUUGUUUCAAUUUUUCAAAUUUUACCCCUCAAUCUAUCUCCAACAUCUUCUUGGGCCACAAUAGCUCCUCUUUCACUUGUUCUUACUGUUACACUAAUUAAAGAUGCGUAUCAAGACUACAGAAGAAGAAAAAGUGAUAAAGAGCUAAAUAACAGAGAGGUAAAAAUUUGAAAAGAAGAAAUAGGCACUUUUGAGACAGUCAAAUGAAUGCAGCUACAAGUUGGAAGCUUAGUUCUGCUUGAGAGCGACUCAGCAAUUCCAGCUGAUCUAGUCAUUUUUGCCACUUCUCAUGAAGAACAUAUAUGCUAUAUUGAGACAUCAAAUUUGGACGGAGAAACCAAUUUGAAGAUAAGAAAUUCAUUGCCUGAGACGUCUGCAAUUUUUGAAGGGGAACUUGAAUCAGCAAUGAAGAUGAUAUAUAAACUUGAUAGCAGCAAACUAAAAAGUGAACACCCUAAUAACCGCUUAUAUUCGUUUGAAGGGAGUCUCAUAUUAAAAGGACACCCAAAGGCUGUUCCGAUUGAUAAUGGGAAUAUUUUACUUAGGGGCAGUACUGUCAAAAAUACAAAUUGGGUGUUAGGCUGUGCAAUAUUUACAGGGAUCGAUACUAAGCUGAUGAUGAACUCGAAAAUGCCUCCUCACAAAAGAAGCAAUGUAGAAAGGAGGGUCAAUAGAUAUUUGAGCAUUGUCUUUACAAUUUUAUUAGUGAUUUCUUUGCUUUCAGCAACCAUUUCAGUUGUAUAUAACUAUCAGAAUCCAGACGCAGUGGAGUAUUUUACAGGAGACAACAAUUCUGCGAUGUCAGUCCUCAAUUUUAUUACCUUUUUAAUCCUAUACAACAGCUUGGUUCCAAUUUCCCUGUAUGUGACUAUGGAUAUUGUGAGGGUUAUACAAGCGAAGUUUAUACAGUGGGAUUUAAGGAUGUACUAUGAGCCAAUUGAUAGGCCAGCUAUAGCUAAAACUGGCGACCUCAACGAAGAUUUAGGACAAAUUGAGUAUAUUUUCUCAGACAAAACAGGCACACUAACUGAAAACCAAAUGGAAUUUAAAAUGUGCUCAAUCAAAGGCAAAAUCUAUGGCUCAAUGGAAACUGAGGGUAACACUGAUAGAGCUGAAAUUUCAAUUAACCCUCAUCCGCAAUUCAAAUUUUACGAUUCUUCACUCCUGAGUGACUUAAGGGGUCCAAGAAAAAGAGAAGUCAGCGAGUUUCUUGAACUUUUGUCUACAUGCCACACUGUUAUUCCUGAUAAAGGUAAACAAGGAGAACUCAUAUAUCAAGCAGCGUCUCCUGACGAAGAAGCUCUUGUUAUAGCAGCUCACGCUUUAGGAUAUUCUUUUACUAAAUCAAAACCAGGAUACAUAGCAGUUAGAGUAAACGAUGAAACAUUUGAAUAUAAAGUGGUCGGGGUCAAUGAAUUUAAUUCGACUAGAAAAAGAAUGUCAGUGGUUCUUGAGUCGUUGACUGAGCCAUCAAGACCUCCUAUUUUAUACUGCAAAGGGGCUGAUAAUAUUAUCUUAGAAAGAGUUAAUGCUUCUGAAGCUGAAAAAAGUGAGUUAAAUAAGCAGCUAUAUGAUUACUCAGUACAAGGGCUUAGAACACUUGUAUUGGCAAAAAGAGAGCUCACAAGGGCUGAGUCACAAGAUUUUGAAAGAAAAUGGCAGGCUGCCAAAAAUGCAAUGGCAGAUAGACAAAAAAGAUUAGACGAGGUUGCUGCUGAAAUUGAGGUGAAUAUGGAGCUAAUUGGAGCUACUGCUAUAGAAGACAAAAUCCAAGAAGGGGUCCCAGAAACAAUAGCUGAUUUAAUGGAAGGUGGUGUCAAAGUCUGGGUUCUUACCGGCGAUAAACAAGAAACAGCCAUAAACAUUGGAUAUUCCUGCAAAAUGCUUAAACAAGAUAUGGAAGUUAUCAUCAUUAAUUCUCAUUCCCUUGAAGCAGCCAAACUACAAUUGAAAAAAGCUUUAAUGAAGUAUGUUUACAAAGAAAUCGAGUCAAAUUCUUCAAAUUUGAUCAGAAUCCAAGAAGAUAAUAAUAACAAUGAAAAAGAAAUUGACGUCGACAGUUUGAACCUUGGACUUGUUAUUGAUGGAGAAACCCUUUUGUAUGUGUUUUCUGACCUCCAAGCAAUGAAGCAUUUUGCGAUGCUUUCUUGUCUAUGUCAUGCUGUAAUUUGCUGUAGAGUUUCUCCACUACAGAAAUCAGAAGUUGUCAGGCUUGUGAAGUGCAAUUUUCAGUUUGCGCCGAUUACACUUGCUAUAGGGGAUGGGGCUAAUGAUGUGUCUAUGAUCCAAGAAGCUCAUGUAGGUAUUGGGAUUUGUGGAAAAGAAGGCUUGCAAGCUGUAAAUUCAAGUGAUUAUGCAAUAGCAAGAUUUAAAUACUUGAUCCCUUUGCUGUUUUUGCAUGGGAGAUGGAAUUAUCAGAGAAUCACUAUUGUUAUCUUGUAUUCGUUCUAUAAAAACUUUAUAUUGGUGCUCCCUAUGUUUUAUUUCAGUUUCUUCAAUAUGUACUCAGGAACUGCACUUUAUGAUUCAUGGCUACUUUUAUCAUAUAAUGUUGCAUUGACGUCUUUGCCUAUUGUUAUUGUAGGUUCUGUUGACAAAGAUUUAGAAGCAGAUGAAGUGCUGAUUAACCCUUCUCUGUAUCAGGAUGGGAUAUAGGUGUUUUUCCCUAUAUGGCCCAAUAAGGGCAGUGGGUUCUCCGUGGAAUCCCUCUGCUGGCUGAACCAACCAGUGAAUUGGUCAAACCAACGCACUGAGUUGGUUUGACCAACAGAGGGAUCCCACGGAGAACCCACUGCCCUUAUUGGGCCAUAUAGGGAAAACCCUUAUAUACUCAAAGAUGUUUAAUGCAAAGAUUUUCAUUAAAUGGACAUUUAAAGCAAUUUUUCAAAGCAUCAUUAUUUAUUUCCUUAUCACUAUGAAUUCUUACGAGCUUAUAUCUACUGAUGGAGAUCCAGAAUCCUACAAUUUGAUGGGGACUGUUUGCUUUUAUUCGCCGUCGAAGCCGGCAACACUUGCCCUCGGAGCACCUUGGUGAUCAAAGCAGGUCGUCUCCAGCGAACUUGUAGGUCCGAUGCAACGGAAGGCGAGCGGUAGGCCUGAAGAUGCCGACCCUGUAAUGGACGUAAGCGAUAUAAAUUUUAUGUAAUGUAAUGUUUGCUUUUAUUCAAUAGUGCAGACUGUUACUUUAAUGAUGCUUAUUAAAACUCACAAUUGAAAUUAUUUGUUUUUGAUUGUUUUAUUUUUAAGCCUGGCUGUAUUUUUCCCAUUUGUUCUGUUUUAUGAUUAUACCAAGAUUCCAACUGCUGAGCUAGCUGGAGUCACUAAAAACAUGUUUCGUGAGCUAAUUUGGUUUUUAAGCUGAACUUUGAUUCCUUAUAUUUGCAUUCUUAUAAUCCUCGCAAAAGAUUUUGUUUAUUCACUAUGGUUUCCUUCAGAUAUCGAUCAUAUAAAGUCGAGAAAAAUAGGGAAAGUGCACCCAGAGAUUGCUUAUGAACAGCCAGAUCAAGAAGAAGCUAACUCUCCCCCAUCCUUGAUCGAACGGCUCGCCAUCGUUCGAUCAAGGAUGGGGGUUUAAAAAAAUGUUUUAGGACAAAAAUUUAUCUAUAAAAUAAGAGGGUUAAGAGUAUUUAAUAAUUAUUUUUAUAGCAAAAAAUUGAAUGAACUUCAUAAGAAUACCAAUUUUUAAUAUUUUGAUUUUUUGGUUACUCUUUUAAACUGUAUAAAUUUUAAUUUGUUCAUUAUUAAAUUAAAAAUUUUAAUUUUAAAGAAUCUCUAUUUUUUAGAUUAUUGAGGUUUUAAGCCCAGGUUGAUGACUUAAGCACUUCGGAUGGUUAAUUCCGUAGCUUCCUGUUGUCUCAAAGCCUCUGAAAACAACUUCAUUAGGCAUAUCUUCCCAAGCUUUUGAUAAUUAAUAUAUUUUUAUAUAAAACUUUGCAUGAUAUGAAAAUCGUUCAAUCAAGGAUGGGGGUUUAAAUUUUCCCCAAUUUUUAGGAAUUUUUACAGUCAAUCGUUCGAUCAAGGAUGGGGGAGUAAACAAUUAAUUGUGUCAAGAGCUUCAAAAUAUAAAACAAGACUAUCAGACGUGUUUAAUCCUAAAGGCAUCAAGCUGAAAGCAGUUGAAGAAGAAGCUCCAAAAAAUGAUUAUUCGCUAAAAGCGUUGACACUAAAGUUUUACAAUAUACCUCAAGAAUCCUUAUUAUGAAGUUAGGCUAUUUUCAUGCCUAGUUAAAACAGCUUACGUACUUAUAAAUGUUUUACCUAGACUGAUACACUUAGUCUCAAAAAAGGCUUUCAUUUUAUUUUUAACUUACUAUUAUAUGAUAAUUAUAAAUUUUUAACAUAUAGAAGAAUAUCUAGGGUAUAUAUACCUUGAAAAAAGUUUCAGCAGGUACACAACAGAUAAAAUUAUGAAAUUUAUAAGAAAAAUCUUUAUCCUUUUAUUUAUUUUGAGUUUAAUAUGAACUGUAUACGACAUUGCUCAAGGAUCAACAAAUAGUAUGAUUGCGAUAAGGGCUGGCGUUGUGGUAGUGUUUUUUGGCUUUAUUAUUUUUGUCCAUUCAAAACUGUUUGUAAGAUAUUAUGAGCCAAUUGUGCUUGCUGUUUUGGUUGUUGGACUGGUAAUUAAAGUUGCUCUUGAGUUUAUUAACCAAAAUGAUGGAUCAAUGACAACAGCAUUGGUACCGAUAUUAACCUUUGUGCUAUUUAGUGUAAGCACUUAUAAAGUAUUUUUGAUCAAUAUUUUAUUUUUGCUGAUUUACCUUAUAAGAGUUCUCGCUCAUUACUCAUCAUCUCUAGAUGCAGUUGGCAUGGAAAUAAUUUCUAUGAACUAUAUCGUUCUCUUAGUCGGUAUUACAAUUAUCAGUGCUUUUGUCGGAUACGCUUUAGAAAAAGCAAGAAGGACCAAUUAUAUUCUUCGUAAAAAGCUUGAGCACCAAUUCCAAAAAGGACAGGAAAUCCUAGGAAAUUUAUUGCCUAGAUUUGUAAAAGACAGAGUUAAGCAAGGAGUGAGGUAUAUUGCUGAAGACCAAGGGAUCGUUACCUUAUUGUUCUGCGAUAUCUAUAAUUUUGAUAAAAUUUGUGUGACUCACAGCCCUAAUGAGCUUCUUGAUUUACUUGAUAAAUUCUUUGGAAUUUUGGAUGGACUGUGUGAUAAGCAUGGAGUAACGAAAAUAGAGACUGUUAAUAAAACGUAUUUAGUUUGUGGAGGGCUAAAAGAUAGUGAGGAAAAUCUUUCACAAAAAUUGCUUCAAAAAAAUCAUGCACAAAGGGUAUUGGAAUUGGCUGUGAAUAUUCUUAAAAAAAUAGAGCCUGUAUAGCCCAUACCCUAUGUGGAUUUAUUAUCGAGCAAAAUGUAAUUGACGAUUGAACGAUCAGGGCAGACUAUAUCAAAGGGACGAGCUAGGUCUCUAUAGUAGGAAGGAUUAAAAGUGGCAUGUCAAAAAAAUUUUGACAAGUGUGAAUAUUUUUAUUUAUUUUUAAUAUUCGCAUAAAAUAAUCUAAAUUAUGUCUAAGUACUGAACCAUAAAAUGCGAUGGCAAAAAUUGCAGAAUGAGAUACAGUCAAUUUGAUAUCAUCAAUAAGUGUUCAGCCCAAUUCAAUUGUAACAACAUUAAAAAAAAUAAAAAAGCUAGACUACUUUUUAAAAUUAAAAAAAGACACAAAAUGUGGCCAAAAUUGCAGGAAGUGAUUCAGUAUUUUGACAUUUAAAUUAAGUAUACUGGGAUAUCGCUUAAUAUGCAAAGUGCUCGCCCAAUUCAAUUAUCACAGAAAUCUAGAGAUCCAGCUUGUCCUUUUGAUAGAGUCUAUUUUGGUCUUUCAAAUGUCUAUUGCAUUUUUGCUCGAUAAAGAAAUCUAUAUAGAGGUAUAGGCUAUAUAUACCAUUAAAAAAUAAAUUAGCUUGAGAUAUCAAAAAAUAUGAAUUUAAAAAAGUUCCAUUUUAAUAAUAUUGCAUUAUAUUGUCCUUAAACUUAAUAAUAUAUGGGAUACUUGAAAAAUGGAGACAAAUUCCAAGUCAAAAUGGGAAUCAACAGCGGCCCAAUUAUCGCAGGAGUUGUAGGAGACCACAAGCCUCAAUUUUCUUUAAUCGGUGAUACUAUCAAUACAGCAAGCAGAAUGUGCUCUACCCUAAAAGAGCCUUGUCAAAUCCAAAUAUCAUCAGAUACUUAUGAAUACGUCAAAGGUGAGCCUUACUUAUUUACCCCAAAUAAAGUUGAAGCCAAAGGCAAGGGGAUGCUUGACACCUAUAUAAUAAAAAACCAAGAACCCAAAAAGAAAAACCGCCGAAUCACGACAUUUGAAGAAAUGGUUCCUUCCCAAUUCCAGCAGCAACAACAGCAGCAGCCUCCUCCAGACAAAUCUCUAAACGUAUCAAGUCUUCCUUUAUUACCCUCUGAACAAGAAAACAUCAAUAUAAAAGAAUCAAGCACAGUCUUUGACAUUGAUAAAUUACAAUACGAAAGCUUUGAUGGUGAUGAAGACUACACUGGACUUGCAGGACCUGUACAAUGGCUCACUUGCAGCUUUAAAGAGAUGGCAAUGCAGCACGAGUAUAGAGUUACAACGCUAAAAAGCGAAAUGAAGAAUAUGAAAUGGGGAUUAUGGAUGACGAUUAUUGUGUAUGCGGUGCUGUUGAUGAAUUUUAUUGUCGGAUUUAAAUUGAUGACUAGCUUUGGAACAGGGGUUUUGAUUGGACUAAGGGCUGGAAAUUUAGGUGCAAUGAUUUUACUAGCGUUAGUCUUAAAUAAGGUGUAUGAGAAUAUGAUGUUUCCUUGGGGGGUAAUGGCUAUUUAUGUGGCAGCUAGCUAUAUUAGUACAUUGUCAAUAUCAAGAAUUGGGUCUGAUUUCUUUUAUAUUAUUGUGCUUGAAGAAAUGUAUACAAAUGUAGUUAUCAAUCAUAUUUCAGGGUUGCCAUUUGGACAUAUUUUGAUAGCUUCAUUGUGUAGCAUAAUACAUUGGAUAACAACUGUUAUUUUGAAUCCAGAUGAGUUCUCAAAGUCAAUUGAAGCCACGUUUUUUGUGAUCAUUUUUACCUUUAUUAAUGGUGCAGCUAGCUAUAUGAGAGAAUACAAUAAUAGAAGAAAUUACAAUUUAAGCAGAAUGGCUCAAAGAGAUAUCCAAAACACCGAAAAGCUCCUCAGCCAAAUGAUGCCUCCAUCAGUUGUCAAAAACUUACACAAUAACGUCACAACAACCGAUAAAUAUGCAGACGUUACUAUGAUUUUUGCAGACAUCGUUGGGUUUACUGCAUAUUCUUCUGAUAAAAAGCCUAUAGAAGUUGUUAGCAUGCUUUCCAAGCUUUUUUCAAAUUUUGAUCAUUUAUGCAUGAAAAAUAAUGUUUAUAAAGUCCACACUAUUGGAGAUUGCUAUGUUGUUCUUAGUUUUAGUGACAGUGGGGAUAAUGGCUAUACAAGAAAUAUUGCUAGAGAAGUUACAAAUAUGAUUAAUAUGGCUUUAGAUAUGAUAAAAUGCAUUAAAAGAAUCAAUAGAAGCAAAAAUAUGAGCUUAAAUAUGAGAAUUGGCCUCCACACUGGAGAAGUUACAGCUGGAAUUACAGGGACUAAUAUAGUGAGGUAUGAUAUAUAUGGGCCUGAUGUUGACAUCGCGAAUAAAAUGGAAAGCAAUGGGCAAGCAGGAAAAAUAAAUGUAAGUGAGGUGACAAAAGCACUUUUGGAGACACAUUGCCCAGAUAGGUUUGACUACAUCUUUAAUAAGAUUGUGACUCAUCAGCCUGUAAAUCGAUCGUUGAAUUCAUUUUUUGUAAGAGCAAAGCUAGCUGAUGAUAUUGAAUUUUAA